UGUAAUACAUUGGGUACGGUACUGAGACAGUCUCAAUUUUUUCAAAGUUGUUGAUUUGACAUCUAUCCUGACAGGUUUCAUCAAUCUUCAAUGAAAUAUCAGAAAAAUGAUGAAAAAUACAUUUCCAUUCACAUAAUGAUAAUUUUGAAUGGUAAUUCUAAGAAAUUGAAGAGGAAAAAUUACAUAAAAGCAAAUGUGAAGAAAAUAAGACAUAUUCAGUCAAAAGCAAAACAACCAGAGGAUGAAUCCAUUCAGAAGAAUGCGACUGCGACCAAUAAUCAGCGGUUGAAAAGUGUCAAAUCUACCACUAAGAAGUCCAUCAAGAAAAUUGGCCAAGAAAAUAGGAAUCCAAGAGCUGAUAGACUAUCGACCAAAUCGCAAUUGAAUCUUCCCAACGAUAAUGCAGUUUCACUUUGUAUGAAGAAGUUUAUUGAGAAUAUCAAGGUAUCAAGAAAUGUAUCGGAAUCACGUUUGAGGAAGAAAUCAACAUGCAAUAGCAAUUCAUCAUCACUUGAAAGUGAAUCCUCCAGAAGUUCACUGGAUAGUUUAGAUUUGCAAGAGAAUGCUCAAACUAACAUUGGCAAUAAAACAGUUUGUAAUGUUAAACCACAAAGAGUACCAACUAAAAAUCCGACAUCGAACAAAACAUCAGCAAAGACUCCGAAGAAGGUACCACCAAAAGAAUUUGAAAUUGUAAAAACAAUAUUCCGUCCACCAAAUCAUUCAAAAGCGUACAAAAAUGAAGGAUGCCAAACAGCAGAAGAAGCCAGUGAGUCAAUAAGCAGCACAGUCCUCUUCAGAUAUCCAAGUAAUGGAAAAUCUGUCAAGACUCAUGAUACCAGCGAACAGAGCUCACAAACAGAUAUCAAACCUAAGACCAAUGUUAUUGCUCCAAAAUCAAACAUUCCCAGCAAUACAUUUAAAAAUGACAUAAGAAAGGAACCAAUGAAGAGGUAUCAAAUGAAUAAUAAUUCCAGGUUUCAAAAAAAUUCUAUCAUGAACAAACAAGCGCCCAGAAAUAACACAAAUGCAAUACAAAUUGAGAGACAGAAAAACAUUGAAAUGAUAAAAAGUAUUGGAAACAUUAGCCAAGGUCAAAGUAGGCCUACAUCGAACAUUGAAGACUUUGAAAAACUGUGUGAAGAAAUUGGAUAUACUAAUAAAAUGUCACCAUUCGCAAGGCAUCAAACUGUAUUUCAGCAAAAUGAUUGUAAGAAACGUGGAAAUGGAAAUUACAAAUCGAUGAAGCGGGAUAUGAAUCGACCAAGAGGUACAAUCGCACUCCCGGAGCAUAAACGGAAUGAAUACUUGGCUCAGAUCAUGAUUCGAAGAAGUAGUAUGAUGAAAGAUCUCAAUUCCAUUUCUGAUGUCACUAACUCAACUGAAGCACAACAUAAAAAAAUGAAAUUGCAAGAAGAUUUAAAAAAGAUGGAUCAUGCUAUUGAAAUUUUUGCUCAAAAUGACCUGUAUAUUGGUCUUGAAAAUCGCUAGGUAUCUAUAAAAUCGAUUGUUCUCAAUAAAUACUAUAUGAGACUA